GUUUUUGUUUUUGUUGUUUCCCAAUUUCGUUCUCUGGCUCUCUGUUUUCCACCGUCAUCCGCGCGCGUAUUUGUUUUUAACCGUGUAGCGGAGCCGGCGCUUUGAUUUUUUUUAAUAUAUUUUUUUUCGAAAUUUUUGCCGCAAAUUGAUGUAAAUUUACGCGCUCUCGCGGUGUAUCGAAAAUGCCGAGAUUAGCGGCAAAAUGCAAAAUGUAAAGGGCGGCCAUAAUAAACAGUGCAAAAGAAGUGCGUGCCAGCAGCAGCAGCAGCGGUAAUAACAUAAGCAAGCGAGUGGAGAGUGCCAAAAAAAAGAGGUAGCACUUGUUGGAGUUCGGCUCGUAGAAACCGCAAAGAAGCAACAAGUGGGCCCCCAAAUACUGUGCAACGAGUGAGAGAGAGAGAGAGAGUGCUAGAGAGAAAAUGUGCAUAUGACCAUUCCAUUGGUUCCUGAACACCAGUUUCUCCUCCCUGUCGCUUUCCAUCAUCCCCGAUCAUCAUCACCAUCAUCAUUAUUGCCAGACCCCCACAUCCACAUUCAAGUUCAAGUGCAGAGUCUUUGAAACAUGCGUAGACCAGUCGCCGCGUUGAGCCGCAAUCAUUACUUCGUCAUUGGGCUGCUGCUGGGGCUCGUGUUGAGCUGCUACAUACCGCAGGACAUUUGGGAGUUGGUCCAGCAGGAGGAGUGCCCCCAGGAGGCCGCCGAGAAUCUGCUGAUCGAACGCUUUGGCCAGGACUUUGAGCCGCAUCUGAAUCUGAUCAACAAGCCGCUGGCGGCCAAAAAGCCGGUUAAAAAUGUGAUACGUCCGCGUUACUACUCCUCGGAGCUGGGGAUCCGCGAGAAGCUCUUCAUCGGUGUGAUGACCUCCCAGGAGCACAUCAAUAGCUUCGCCACCGCCUUCAAUCGCACCACCGCCCAUCUGGUGAACAAGAUCAAGUUCUUCAUCUAUGCGGACAGCGUGAAGACCAACUACAAGCUGAAGAAUAUCGUGGGCUUCGCGGACACGCACGAGAACCGGCGGCCCUUUCACGUGAUCAAGUACAUUGCGGACAACUAUCUGGAGGAGUACGAUUACUUUCUGCUCGUGCCGGACAAUGUCUAUGUGGAUGCCCGCAAGCUGAAUGCCCUGCUCUAUCACAUGAGCAUCACCUUUGACCUGUAUAUGGGCGGCACACGUAUCGGCGUCGAUCCGCCGUCCAACGAGGGUCGUCCCUCCAACGAGGGGGGCGAGGAUGAGGCCGGCGCCGCCGCCACUUCUGUGGAUGGCAGCUCCGGUGCCAGCGAUCGCAACUACUGUUCACUGGAGGCCGGCAUUCUGCUCAGCAGCAGUGUCAUACGCAAGAUGCGGAACAACCUUGAUCGCUGCGUCCGCAUUGGAAUCACCGGCGAUCACAGCGUCAAUAUCGGGAGGUGCGUGAAGUAUGCCAGUCAUGUGCCAGGCUGCCAGGAGAGCUUUCAGGGCAUGCGGCAGUAUAGCUACGCCCUGAAUACUCCGGGCCGCCAGCGCCGAGACUUCAGUGACCUGGCCAAGGAGCAAGCGUUCCGGAAUGCCAGCACCGUGUAUCCCGUGCAGACGCCAGAGGACUUUUACCGCCUGCACGCCUACUACUCCAAGCACCACUUGGAGAUGGUGCAGGAGCGGGGCUAUGCCCUAGAGCAAAAGUCCUAUCGCAUUGCCAACGGCAGCAUCUCCAACAAGAUACUCGAAAUCCGCUGGCCGCUGGGCGUGCCGCCGCCCAGUGCGCCAGAAACACGCCACGACAUCCUCAUCUGGCAGAUGCUUAACGCGACGCACAGCUAUCUGCCCAACGGCAACGUGGAGCAUGCCGUGGCGCCACUCACACGCAUCGAGGCCCUCGACUUUGCCAAGGUGCUGGAGAUCGCCCAGCAGUAUGCGGCCCUUAAGCAUCCCGGCCUCAGUUACCACAGCCUGCACACUGCCUACCGCAAGUUCGAUGCGACGCGGGGCAUGGACUACCAGCUGCACCUCAAUCUGCAGGAAGGAUCGGGCCGACGUCGGCGACUCUUGCUCAAGAGUUUCGAGGUGGUCAAGCCGCUGGGCCGUGUCGAGGUGGUGCCCUCGCCCUAUGUGACGGAGAGCACACGGAUCGCCAUUCUGGUGCCGGCAUUCGAGCACCAGGUGCCGGACGCCCUGGAAUUUGUGGCACAGUAUGAGCGCCUCUGCAUGCAAAACCAGGACAACACAUUCCUGCUCCUGAUCUUCCUGUACCGCCUGGACUCGCCCAGCAAGGGCGAAGAGGAUCCCUUCAAGGGCUUAAAAACGCUGGCCCUGGACCUCUCCUCCAAGUACAAGACAGAUGGCUCCCGCAUUGCCUGGGUGUCCAUACGGCUGCCCGAGCAGCUGAGUGAGCCCGUCAGUCCCGAGGACUGGAUGCUCCACGGCUCCAUGUACGGACCGAGGCAGCUGCUCAGCCUCGUGGUGGCGGACCUGGCCCUGCCCAAGCUCGGUCUCGAGUCCCUGGUGCUGCUGGCCACGCCGGGCAUGUCCUUCAAGGCGGACUUUCUCAAUCGCGUGCGCAUGAACACCAUCCAGGGCUUCCAGGUGUACGCGCCCAUCGGCUUCCAGAUGUAUCCCUGCCGCUGGGCGCAGUUCUGCAAGGAGUGCGAAGCGUGUGACGUGGCCCAGAGCAGCGGCUACUUCGAUCGCCACAAUCACGAUGUGAUCGCCUUCUACAGUCGCGACUAUGUGCAAGCGCGCAAGCUGCUGCAUCCACAAGGGCUGCCCAUCAUACGCAGUGACCUGGACAUCGAUCAGCUGCUGGAGCCGGCGUCCCAGUCCCAGUCCCGGCCCGAGGGCGUCGAGAGCAUACUGGACAUGUUCGUGGCCGCCCAACACUCGGUGCACAUAUUGCGCGGCGUCGAGCCAAAUCUGCGCUUCGGCCUGGAUGUGCGCAACCAUUUGGGGCGCGGCGGCAUGCUACCGGAGCAGCUUCCCGAGCUUUGCGGGCGGGAGCAGUGCAUCCAUUUGGCGUCGCGCAAGCAGAUCGGUGAUGCCAUCAUACGCUACGAGGACAAAAGUAUUCUCCACAAAUAGCAUGGUCCACAGUGCCAGUGCCAGUGCCAGUGCCAGCUCCUGCCUGUUAUAUCAUCAGUUCCUUUUUAAAAUAUUUCCUUGAAUGAACGAGUGAAUGAAUGAUUGAUUGAUUGAUCGAUUGCAUGACCAAAUGCAUGGGUGGAUGUUUGAAUGUGUGAAUGAAUUUCAAGUAGAUCUAGAUACAGGACUUAUACAAACUCUUAUACUCGCAUUUUUUGCCUCCCUCCAAGGCUGAACUGGCAAGCAAUCCUCCCACUCCCACUCCCUACCCGUACUCGUGUAUAAGCCCUGUAGCACAGACCUAUCUCAAUCCACUAUAGUGCUUAGACCUUAGGCAAUUCCUGUUGUUGCUCGCUUUCAAAGUGCAACUUUAAAUGCUCAAAAUGGCACACAAUUUGUUAUAUGUAAUAUACGAUAGACAUCCUUAUACAUGGGAUAAAUGGGUUGUGUGUGCACACACACACAUUAAGAGCUGCCAAAACAAUUGCCACAUGUUCCAAAAGAGAGAGCCAACAACAUUCGAUUUUCGCAUGUAAAUAUUUAGCAUAUAUUUAUCUGUAUAUUAACGUGAACGUGAAGAAUUCCUGGACGAAUCCAUUGACUAUUAGCUAGAAAUUGUAAGUGUUAUACGUGUCUGUAUAAUAGUGGUUUAAGUGAAACUGAAAAUGAA